AUGGAGGACGGCCAUUGUAAAACUGUGGAAGAAGUGGUAAAUUACUUCAACGUCGAUCCUGACCAGGGAUUGAGUCCCGAUCAAGUCAAGAGGAACCAGGAGAAGUAUGGUCUCAACGAAUUGCCAGCUGAGGAGGGAAAAUCCAUCUGGCAACUCGUCCUGGAACAGUUCGAUGACCUUCUAGUUAAGAUUCUUCUAUUAGCUGCUAUUAUUUCUUUUGUAUUAGCCUUAUUUGAAGAGCACGAGGAUGCGUUCACGGCCUUCGUCGAACCCUUCGUCAUCCUGCUCAUCCUUAUUGCCAACGCCGUGGUCGGUGUCUGGCAAGAACGAAAUGCCGAGUCUGCGAUUGAGGCGCUCAAGGAGUACGAACCCGAGAUGGGUAAAGUUGUACGAAGUGACAAAUCGGGUGUGCAGAGGAUUCGAGCCAAAGAGAUCGUGCCCGGCGAUAUUGUGGAGGUAUCGGUCGGCGACAAGAUCCCGGCCGAUAUCCGUCUGUCCAAGAUCUUCUCGACUACCCUCAGGAUCGACCAGUCCAUUCUGACUGGGGAAUCGGUGUCCGUGAUCAAACACACCGACCCUGUGCCCGACCCACGCGCUGUCAAUCAGGAUAAGAAGAAUAUCUUGUUUUCUGGUACCAAUGUCGCCGCUGGAAAGGCUCGCGGGGUCGUUAUUGGAACUGGCUUAAGCACGGCUAUCGGUAAGAUCCGUACGGAGAUGUCGGAGACGGAGGAAAUCAAGACGCCAUUGCAGCAGAAGUUGGAUGAGUUUGGCGAACAGCUGUCGAAAGUUAUCUCCGUGAUUUGCGUUGCCGUGUGGGCGAUCAACAUUGGCCACUUCAACGAUCCGGCUCACGGCGGUUCCUGGAUCAAGGGUGCCAUUUACUACUUCAAGAUUGCCGUCGCUCUCGCUGUGGCCGCUAUUCCCGAAGGUUUGCCCGCUGUAAUCACGACUUGCUUGGCCCUGGGCACCAGGCGUAUGGCCAAGAAGAACGCCAUUGUACGAUCUUUGCCGUCCGUAGAGACUCUAGGUUGCACGUCCGUCAUUUGCUCCGACAAAACUGGCACUUUGACGACUAACCAGAUGUCCGUUAGCCGAAUGUUCAUCUUUGACAAGAUUGAGGGUAACGAUAGCAGUUUCCACGAAUUCGAAAUCACCGGGUCGACUUAUGAACCUAUCGGCGAGAUCUUCUUGAGAGGACAAAAGAUUAAAGGACAAGAUUACGAAACAUUGCAAGAGAUCAGUACAAUUUGUAUCAUGUGCAAUGAUUCUGCUAUCGAUUUUAACGAAUUCAAACAGGCAUUUGAGAAGGUCGGCGAAGCCACGGAGACCGCCUUGAUCGUUCUCGCUGAGAAAAUCAAUCCGUACGGAGUCCCGAAGAGCGGUUUGGAUCGUCGAGCUGGCGCCAUUGUCACUAGGCAGGAUAUGGAAACAAAGUGGAAGAAGGAAUUCACGCUGGAAUUCUCUCGUGAUCGUAAAUCCAUGUCAUCGUACUGCGUGCCUCUGAAGCCAUCGAAAUUGGGAAGUGGGCCAAAACUGUUUGUCAAGGGUGCGCCGGAAGGUGUAUUGGAUAGGUGCACACAUUGCCGCGUCGGUGGUCAGAAGGUUCCUCUUACUUCAACCCUGAAGAAUCGCAUCUUGGAUCUGACCCGCCAAUACGGAACCGGUAGGGAUACCCUGCGCUGCCUCGCUCUCGCCACUGCUGAUCACCCGAUGAAGCCGGACGAUAUGGAUCUGGGCGACUCCACUAAAUUCUACAUAUACGAGAAAGAUCUCACGUUCGUAGGUGUAGUGGGCAUGCUUGAUCCACCUCGCAAAGAAGUGUUUGAUUCAAUUGUUAGGUGCCGCGCCGCCGGCAUUCGUGUAAUCGUUAUCACCGGCGACAACAAAGCCACUGCCGAAGCCAUCUGCCGACGUAUCGGAGUUUUCGGUGAGGACGAAGAUACCACUGGCAAGUCAUACUCCGGACGUGAAUUUGAUGAUCUACCGAUAGCAGAGCAGAAAGCGGCUUGCGCCAGAGCUCGCCUCUUCUCUCGCGUAGAACCGGCUCAUAAGUCGAAGAUCGUGGAGUACUUACAAAGCAUGAAUGAAAUUUCUGCUAUGACUGGUGACGGUGUGAACGAUGCCCCUGCCUUGAAGAAGGCUGAAAUCGGUAUUGCUAUGGGCUCUGGUACUGCAGUCGCGAAAUCAGCUUCGGAGAUGGUAUUAGCGGAUGAUAAUUUCUCUUCCAUCGUAGCCGCUGUAGAAGAAGGCCGUGCUAUCUAUAAUAACAUGAAACAAUUUAUCCGUUACCUCAUUUCUUCCAACAUCGGCGAGGUCGUCAGUAUAUUCUUGACCGCCGCCCUUGGUCUUCCCGAAGCACUGAUUCCAGUCCAACUUCUGUGGGUCAACUUGGUCACUGAUGGUCUUCCAGCUACCGCUCUCGGUUUCAAUCCACCCGAUCUAGACAUUAUGAGCAAACCUCCUCGCAAAGCUGACGAAUCUUUAAUUUCUGGAUGGCUGUUUUUCCGUUAUAUGGCUAUUGGUGGAUAUGUAGGCGCUGCCACUGUCGGGUCGGCUGCUUGGUGGUUUAUGUACAGUCCGAACGGCCCUCAACUGAAUUACUACCAACUUACUCAUCACUUGGCAUGUAUUGGUGGCGGACCCGAAUUCAAGGGUAUUAACUGCAAGAUCUUCGCUGAUCCUCAUCCCAUGACUAUGGCUCUCUCUGUGUUGGUCACUAUUGAAAUGUUAAAUGCCAUGAACAGCUUGUCUGAGAAUCAGUCGCUCAUCAGCAUGCCGCCUUGGUCCAACAUGUGGCUCAUCGCAUCCAUGGCUCUUUCUUUCACACUCCAUUUCGUCAUCCUGUACGUCGAAGUUCUUUCGUCCGUAUUCCAAGUGACCCCGCUAUCGGGUGAAGAAUGGCUUACCGUUAUGAAGUUCUCCAUUCCAGUGGUACUUCUCGACGAAACCUUGAAGUUCAUUGCCAGAAAGAUCACAGACGUGGCACCGCCGGUGACGCCGAAAUAAAGCUCGAGGGGACGUAGGGCGAAUCUGAGAAACACCUAAUCGGCCGCAGCCGAGAAAUCGGCGACACCCACAGCACAUUACACUCUCGAGCUGCUCGAAGGGACUGGAGAUGUCUUUACCUAACAGCCCAAAAAAAAAAAACUAUCGAAUAUUUCCCGAAUGAAACCACAAAGUAUACCCUCCCACCGACACCCCACACGCACCGCAAUAAGCACCACCACCGGGCCCACGAACGCGAAAUGUGCAAUGCACGCGCACGUUCAUCUGCGUGGCGAUCGGCAUUCAAGAUCGGCAUCGAUCUCCCGCGGGAUGGCGAAGAAAUAGAAAAGGGAACGAAUGUACGAGUGUAGUUUUAUGGCAAUCAGAGUAUCGGACUCUCGUCCACCUUUGAUUCGAUAUCGUUGCUCGUGUUAUUCAUGCGCCAGUAGAUUUCUAACGAUGUCAUGAUUGUGAUGAUAAGCAAAUAAGGAUAUUGAUUUUAUUUGAAACGUUCGACAGUUUCAUUUUUAUUUAUUAAAUUUUAGUCAUUGCUCCAUUACCGAAAGGGUAGCUGCUCGUAACAGCGAUAAGAGCGUCAAAACGCAAUAUUCCUCUUUUUACAAAAAGGGAUAGUUGCACAUACGUCAGCCGAUCGACGUCAAUUCGAAACUACAACGAUCUCGUGACCAUUCCUUUUCGAAGGAGAUCCGUACAUUCGUUCGAGCAAGCUGCUGCACCCAGUUAGUCCGAUUAAUCCGAGGACCGAUCGUUUCAGACCGCCGAAGUCGAGAGGAAGAUGCCGGGGAACGCUGCUAAAACAGCCGUCCAACAUUUUUUUUCUCCCCCUUUAGUUCGCCAUUUAGGUCUCCGCCGCUCGUUAAUCGUUCUCGUGUGUGUGUUAUGUUGCAGUCAAUGAGGUGGUCGUCGACAAGUGGGCGGCCAAAUAAAUGAGUGAGUCGUCGACAGGCGUAAUCCCACUACUCCGUCGCCGCCGCCACCGAGUGCGCGCGAGGAAAGCUCAACCCGAAAAUUUAACAAACAAAAGACCCAAACAAAAGAAAAUAAAAAGAUGCAAAGACGAACGAAAGCGUGAAAAUAACCCGGCGCGCUUGUGCUUCGUAUAGAGCGCUGUAAUAACAACAUGAACGGCAGCAGCAGCAGCAGCAGCAGCAACGCACUCGAUAACGACUUAUCUACCUGCCAACCUGCAGUUCGGGGGAACUCCCCCCCGAUCGCUGAGUAGACGCGCUGCCACCACCUCGCCGCCGCUUUUAUUUUUUUCCAUCUUCUCUUCUCCCUUCUCCGCAAGAUCGCUGCGCGCGAGGGGUCGUUCGAGCCGAGGGGUCGUCGUCCCGAGGCCGACGAAAGCGAAGCGAACGAACGGCUUUGGGAAACUCUUUGUCUUCUAGUGUCUGGAGCCGCAUAUUAACACGUUCUUAACUCAACGACUGUGCCUUCUUAAAGCUGAUUGCGCCAAAGUCGGUCAGCGCUAAUCUCGAUCGAGAGAGAGACUCCCACUCUUCUCCCUUUGUCUGUACAAGGUAUCAUUUGCAGUUGCACUUUAAAAUCUAUAAGAACGGCUCUUGAUCGGCACUUUAUUACGAGCCAUGAUUAUGUUUAGUAUUAAUAUGAAAAAUAAACGGUUUUUUUAAAAUAACGUUUUUUCUGGAAAAAGAAAAAAAGAACUGAUGCUAGUCGAAACCUGGAAUAAUUGGAUAUAUACCGAAAUCAAUAGAGAUUCUCCUUUCAUUUAACACCUUGUAUUGGAUAAAACUCGAGUAAAAGAUUAGCUGACUCGAACCGUCGGCGCAACUCAGCCUUAGCUUCCUAUACCCGAGCGAGGAACGAUGCGAUAUAACUGAUUGCGAGAAAGUAGAGGAGCGGCUGCCUUUAGUAGUCCCUUUUUAAUCCCUUAACGCCUCGGGAGCGUGUUAACGCACAUAAUGCAAUCUAACGGCCACGCAGCCCUUUCCCAAUCCCAAGUAAUUCAAUCAAUCACAUCGCUCAUGCUUCCGAAAGUAAUCAAGACUUGCCUGAAGGUCUUCGAGCGAGAUUUUUCGAUUAAGAUCGUAUUCGACAUAUAACCGAAAAGGUCAGUCGAUCUUCUCGAGAGUCUCAUUAAUAUAAAAAAAAGACAAAUUUGAGCGUUCGCUUUUAAUGUAUUUAGGUUUGCAUUCGUUUCAUCUUAUCGUCUCUUUUUCACCCUUCUCUCUCGCCAUUUUCAGACGCUAUUUUUCUCGCUAUUUUUCUUCCUACCUCUUUUCCGCGCCGAUAUGGCCUUCCACUUCUUUUUCUCUUUUCUAUUUUUCUCUUUCUUGUUCUCAUAUUUUUCUUCCUUCUUAUUUUGUCUGUUUUUUUUUUUACGUGAAGAUCUCUCGCUUGGUGGUACGUUCUUCCAUCCGACAAACUCGACGGUCGUGUCCUUCGACUGUACAGGCAAAUGAAGGCAACAAUCUACAUUUCCGAUCGAAGCCGAGCUAAUGACAAUCUCUCAACCUAUACGCAAAAGCCAGUCCUAUUAAUCUGUUCCUACGAGCGAAAGCUAUCGAUCCAUCAUUCUGUGACAUGUUCAAUCGAGUUUUGUCUCUGAUAGUGAAGAUUGUUGCCUUGGAAUUCUUUCACAUCUUCCAUAGAGGUGCACAUUGUAUCGUCAGAAGCGAUCAACCCUCCAGUGACACAAAAACGGUCCCUUUAUCAGGAAUCCCCUUAGCUUCCAAGACGCCGUAUCCUGCCCGCGAUAUAAGAAAACCCACGUAAAUUAGGUACCCAAUCGCACGCGGAGAUUAGGUACCCGGUCCCCCUUAUCAGCCACGAACGACGGAAUCCUCCGUAGCUUGGAACGUCCGAUUCGACGAGAAAAAGACCGUCACUCGUACCUGGAACGCUCAAUGAUGCCACAGUCCGUCCGCGCGCGCUCGCGUUUAUCCUGCGGACAGUCGCGAGAGAGAAAGAGGGAAAGUCCUCGACAGUCUUGUAUAUGCUGGAGAGAAAGACAGAGAGAGAGAGAGAGAGAGAGAGAGAAAGUAAUUGGAUGCAUGUGUGUGUGAGUGUGUGUCUAUCCUUAUCGCGCAGAACGAACGAGGAACGAAGAAACCUACUCGCGCCGUUCUUGGUCUCCGGUGAAUUCUUCGGGGCUGCGACUCGCCGCUGCGAAUUCUGCAUACCCGGUCAUUCGACGAUCACGGCGAAGAUGCACAGCGAAGAGAGCACGUGGGAGACAAUCGGACGGUGGGGAGGACGAAGGAGAGGGUUGACCAGAGGGGUCGUUCGACUCCUUGGAGCGAAUCGACGAGGGUGUCGAGUGGUGCCUCUGCGGAAACGAAACGAAGCGACGACGGUUUCGAGCAGUGACGUAACUUUCGCGAUCGGAGGCCGCCGCGAUGAAGCGAGCGUUAAUUGUGCCUGUGUGCCGGGUUGCGCGGCGGUGCGCUUCGUGAUGCGAAUAAUCACGGAGCAGCGCUACCGCUGAAACUCUUCUCGCGCGAGCCACCCCGCCCCGCGAAGGCGUCUCGAAGAAAUAUUUCGCGGAAUACCGCUUUGAAAAAGAGAGACUUUUCCCUUCCUUUCUUUCCAAUCUGCAGAGAGGGGAUGAUAGCGAAAAGUGGCUCGUGCGCGAGAAGGAAUCGCGGAGCGAAGAAGGUUCGCCUCCGGAACACGCAUGAAACUUACGCCACCGGGGAAUCCAGUAAUCUCGCGAGAGUUAAGUAAUUAUUGUAAAUAUCCGUCACGCACGCGACGAUAUAUAACAGGGGAGAGAUAUUCUACAUAUAAAUAUAUAGUUAUAUAUAUAUAUAUAUAUACACAUUAUAUAUUUUUUUUUCUUUCGUGAAGAAGCGCACAGAUGGACGCGUCGUCGCUGCGGACGAUAAUAAAUUAUUAUUAUUGAUAAUAUAUUAUUAUUACUAUUAUUAUUAUUAUUAUUAUUAUUAUUAUUAUUAUUAUCGUCAUCGCUACUAUUGUUAGUAUUACUGUUAUCAUUGAAAAAAAAAGAAAACGUCACCGGUUUGGUGAUAUACUGUAUAUUGUACGGCGGAAACGCGAAACCUUUCGAGGACCGGGCUUCGAGCGAGAAGGAUUCAAACUGUCGAGGCUCGUGGUUGUGGUUUUUCUUCUUCUUCUUGAUUUAUAUUCAUUACACGAUUGAUCGUUCUUCGUGGUGACAUUAGAGGCGGAAUUAGCCACCUCGCGGCGUUCUGAUUGUUACUUAGGGAGAGAGAAAGGAAGAGAGAAAAAAAGAGAGAAAGAUAGCCACCUUUCCUCGCUCCGUUGAUCGCGACUCUCCUCGGCUUUUUCUCGGCUAAGACUGACGAGAGUUCUCGAUAGCGAUAGGAUAACGAAUAUCUGACCGUAGACAUCGUUAAACGACUGAAUCGCGAGUGUAUCUCAUCUUUCGCGUUCGCUCGAUGUCGCAAACCGGAGUUGGAUUUGUCAUAUUUGCGGACCUCAUCCUCAAACGUUCUUGCGUGUUCAAGGUAGAAUACAGGCGGACGGAGUUGCCAAGACGCGUACUGGCUACUUUCUCAUCCACGGUUUUGCUCCCGACGUUAUUAUCGUGUGUUGACACCUCUAGUGAUAUACGUCCCGCGUUUCCCGAAUUUUUCUAUUUCUCUUUUUCCUCUUACCACCCCUCCGGUCUCUUUUCUCCCCUCGUUAUACUUCUCUGCCUCCGGUUCUCGUCGGAGCCCGCGCAUUCGUCUCACGCCUCACGCCGAUCGUCUCAUUUCUCUCGCCCUAUAACUACUAAAUAUAUUAUUAGCAGUUAAGAGUUUUAACGACCCGCGACGCAAAAGUUUAUAGGAAUCGUCGCCGAUAUAGGACGCGAGAUUUCUGAUCGACUUUAGCUCUCGGCACGAAAGUAAGAUAAGUAAAGACCGCGCGACGCGCGAGUUCUCACCGGGAGCUCGCCGUCACUCAUCGCAAACAAAUGUGUGCGUGUGUGUGUGUGUGUAUAUAUAUGUAUAUCAUUAUGUACAUUAUGUUUGUUACAUAUUAUGUACAUACGUAUAUGUAUAUAUAUAUAUUUAAAAUGAAGGCACCUCUCUGUGCCCGAUAAAAUUGCUCCGUACAUACACAUCGCUCGCGUCAUCCUAAUCGGUACACGUAUGAUAUGUACGCAUCGACGCGGACGUUCCGAUUACGCCGAUACGUAUGUGGAUACGUCUAUCAAUCGCCCAUCCUGUAAUUAAAGCUCAUCAUUUUUAAUGUAUGUAAACUAUAUUGUCGUGGCGUGUAAUAUUCGUACUUGUAUAAAGGCAAAUCGCCCGCGCUGACGCUCCAAUCGUUCUCGCUCGAAUCGUCCACGUUGGAGCAUACUCUUAAGAACGAAUUUCACUAUUUUCUUCGAAAAACGGUGACAAACCUUACACAAUUUCUAAUGUACGCCGACAGCUCUGUACGAAUAAAGGUUUGGAAGUAA